CUUCUGAAGCAGGACUCGGGGGUCUUGAGCCAUCGUAAAUGGUAGACACACUGUGUGAAGCUAUACCAGACGGAAAAAUAUUAUUUUGAGUACUUGAAAUCGAAUAGAAAUGAUGGCAAGUGACCACGUGGGGAAUAGAUGGAUUUCAUGAAGCUGAGCUUGGGGUAAAUCGAGAUGCGGCAUGCCCGCCUAACGUAGGCGGUGGGCCUUUUUUCGGACCUUCUUGCGUUGCUUGUUUUCGCUGACAUCAACGCUGCUCUGCCAAUCAACAAAGCUCAGUUCGAGAUCGUCUCUAGGAUAUUACUUAUAUUAUUGAAUCUGUAUAUCUUUCAACAAACAACAUUCAUCUGCGCAGUUACCGGCAACUUCAAUAACCAAAAUGCUGCUCCGCCCGAGUUCUCGGAUCGUUCCCGGUCUGCUUCCAAGACAUGCUCUGAGGUGUAGAGCUUACGGUUCUCGCCCUUAUUCUUCUUACAGGUCGGACGAGGUGGACAUUGAUGCUAUUCUCGCGAAACCUAGCUGGUCCGUUAAGUCACUACUCCCCAGUGAAUCCGCCAUAGAGUCCACCACGGUCACUCCAAAACAGCUACAUCAUCUGCUACGUCUAUCAGCUCUACCGCAGCCCGCCAGCAAAGAAGAAGAGGAUGCGAUGAUUAGGACUCUCGAGUCCCAGAUUCAAUUCGUAAAAGAGAUCCAGAGCGUCGAUGCGACCGGGGUCGAGCCCCUCCAAGCUAUUCGAGAUGAAACCCCGGAGGCGAUCCAGGAGAACACGAUCGGACUAGAGCAAUUGAAGGAGGCCAUGUCCAAAGAAAGAGUCGUAGGUCGAAGCAGGAGGAUACAUCGCGUUGGGAGCGCCAGAAAUGACCGUCCGGAUGGAGAUGCUUGGGAUGGGAAUGCGCUUGGCUACGCGUCCAAGACUAAGGGGAAGUUCUUUGUCGUUGAGACGGGCAAUGAAUCUGGCAAUUGAUCCAGAAUGACUCUUUCCCAAAACCUAUGGCAAGUACUACGGCACAAUGGCCUGCUUCAUCUCGCGCGCGACGGGUUGCACCCCUGCUAUGAGAGACCGUACGAUACUACUGUGCUGAGUCAGCAUCGGAUGACUUCAUUAGAUCUCGACAGUCAACAGCAUUUCUCCACUUAACCACCUACGAGUGAAGACAACGCGGGGACUGG